AUGUUAGUCACCGCAGAAGGGAACCAAGGCCACAAGCGCAGCAUCGUACGCCACUUUGCGCCACACCUACUCGAUGACGCGUUGGCGAUCCAGGAGCGCAGAUACUUUGCGCUGGGACUUGCCCGCGUGCUGCUGGUGUUCGUGGUGCCGUCUUGCAUCGUCUUCUGCACACGUGACUGGUUCGUGGACACGAUCGUGUUCCUGGUGGUGGCGCUUGUGUGUUUAGUGGAGCUGGCGCUGGCGCUGUACCGUUACUACGUGCUAUGGCCUGAAGGACUACAAAUGCGCUCGGCCUACUGGACGGAGAUUGUCCAAGCGGAAGACCAAUACCGACUCAGGAUCCUGGGCUACUACAUCCGCAAGAUUGAUAAGUUUGUGGGCCGCUUCCCAUCGUCACUAAGUCCAAGCAAGAUCAAAAGCCACUAUCGUAAACGUACAUGGCCUUUGCUAGUGCUGUUUGUGGCGACGUACGUUGCUUGUCUCGCGUUCCUCGUGCAAACCAAGCGCGAGAAGGCGGUAAUGCGCACCUGGGCGUUCUAUUUGCUAUCAAUUGGUUGUGGACUUGUUGUACUGCGCUACGCCAAGUUGCACCUGAUCGAAUUACCGCAAGUACUAGCGCUCCGCGACCACCCAGAGUUUGCGACGGAUGGCCUUUUGAACGCUGCAGAAUCCAUUCCAUUCGCACGUACAGUGCCAUCGUACACUGGAGGUGAUAACGAUCACAUUAUCAAGGUUAACGUAGAAUAA